AUGGCUCCCGGUCCUGUCAUUAUCGACGUCUCCGACGACCUCGGAUUUGUCCCCUCGGUCAAGUCGGUCUCGAAGCGCAACCUUAUCCUUGCCCCUCCUUCCGUCGCUGCCCACGAAGAGCAACUGCACGCCGUCUUCUCAACUUACGAUCGCUCUUCAUCCGACCUCCAGAUGCUGGAUCGCCUGAGCGCUGGCCUCGUCCCUCUUCCUAACGAAGCCUACGAUUUUGUCCUUGUCCUGACAGGCACCAAUGGCGGACUCAGGCACGAGGCCCUCCAGCUCCUCACCCGCAAACUCUACAGCACCCUAGUCCCAGCCAUGAAGUCUGGGGCCAAGUUCCAGCUGCAGGACGGCCCUGUCACACUCUCGGAGGCCCGCGAGGCUAUUUUGGCUGGAUUGGUUGAGAAGGACGGUGCAUUCGAGAAGAUUGAAGAGGAAGAGGUUGUCGUCCCUCUGCGAUUCGGUGCCAAGAAGAAGACGAACGGCCUGUCGAAUGGAACCGCUCCUGCCGUUCAGCCAUUCAAGCCUGUUCAGAUCAACUUGGACGAUGAUUUCGGCAGCGACGACGAGUUGAUUGACGAGGAUGACCUCCUCACGGCCGAUGACUUGAAGCGACCUAUCGUGCAGCCCCCCGAGUGUCGACCUCAGCCAGGCAAGCGCCGACGAGCAUGCAAGGACUGCACCUGCGGCCUCGCUGAGAAACUGAAUGCCGAGGACCAGGAGCGACAGGACAAAGCGACAGAGCAGCUGAACGUCAUGAAGCUCAACACAGAUGAUCUCUACGACGAGCUCGACUUCACUGUCAAGGGCAAGACGGGCUCCUGCAACAGCUGCUCCCUCGGCGAUGCUUUCCGCUGCGCAACCUGCCCCUACAUCGGCCUCCCACCCUUCAAGCCAGGUGAGGAGGUCAAGAUUUUGAACGACAUGGUACAGCUAUAA